AUGAAAUCCAUAAUUUCAAUAGCAUUUCUUCUUCAAGCAAUCAUGAACGCUGUUAAUCUGGUCACAGCUCAAUUCCCGGCAGAGCCUGUCUUCAGAUGCAGAGACACAGGCAACUACACAACAAGGUCUGAUUAUUAUAGAAACUUCAAAAGCGCAUUGAAUGCGGUUGGCAAUAUGGAUAAGUAUAGUGGGGGAACUUUCAGUUCAUCCGAAGGCCAGAAAGAAACAAGCUAUGCCAUCGGCCUUUGCUCCAGUGUUUCAAGCAAAUGGGGUGGAAACUGUCAAGAUUGUAUAUACCAGUUGACCAUUUCACUUAUAGUAAAAUGCCCAAAUCAAAAGGAAGGUGUGAUGUGGGGUUCAAAUUGUAUGAUACGUUACUCAGAUCGUAAAAUAAUUGGAGUUCUUGAUGAUUGGGUUUGGAUAUUUUUACCAGAUAAACAAGGAAGUCUUGUAAAUAAGCCUGAUCAGUUUAACAGAUUUGAUGAAGAGAUUACAGGGGGAAGCAGCCGGAGGUACCGAUAA